AUGGCUCGCGCUCCUGUGGCAGCUGGUGAGGUCAUUUCAGAAGCCAUUGGACAGUUGGUGGACAACUCCUUGGAGCCGUUUCCACCGAUGGACAUUUCUGAUCCCGCAUCUGCAUAUGUGGUAGGUCCCGUAUCGGGGGAUGUUCCUGGCCGUCUUUCCUUGUCUGAGGCUCAAAGCCACGGUAGAGCUCCAGAGGAGAGAGGUUCAGAGACACUCUUUGAUCCGUCCCCGCAAGCACCUCAAAGCCCAUCAGAGAGUUCCUCAGGUCCUGUUUCUGGGCCCGGAGUUCUGGUGACUGGUCGCACAGCUGAUGAGGUGGCGACAUUCAUGGCUAGCUUGCCAGAUGGCCCAGGCCUUGAAGAGGUGGCCAGAGAGUUGCAGGCACAGCUAGAGGAGGAGCAGGGAAAGCGUCAAGGCCGUACUGAAGCGCUGCGUGCGCUGAAAGGGGCUCUACUGGAGCUUCCGCGCGAGACGGCUGAGGAACAGCGCCUGGCCGACGCUGCAGCAGGCACUCGUGCAGCCUCAGCAGCACGUGCAGCAGCUGCUGGCCGAGCCCUGCAAACAUUAAAGGACCAUCAUCAGCAACUGAAGGACCAGAGGGAGGCGCAGAUGGAAGAGCGUGAACAGCUCGACGCUGCCAAAGCAGCGGCGGCAGCAGCAUUGUCAAGGCAAACCCAGCUUGCAACCGCAGCUUCCCGCGAAUGGGCACGCGACGGUCCAGAGACAGAGGCUCUCAAGGAAGCGAAAAUCGAGCUUGCGGAGCUCCUUGCCGAGGUCGACGAAGCACGACUCCAUCGUCGAAGGGAGCUGAAAGCCUUGCAGCAGGCCGUGGAAGCCACUGAGACAGAGAACAAAUGGCUUCGAGCUGGAGGUCAUGACUUCUACGAGGCCCCAGGUGGUUCCUUCAGUGCAUCUCUGGGAAGGCUCUUCAAGGUGGCCAUUGGCAGGAGAGAUCCUUUUCCUGCUGCUCCAAGCUGA